AUGAACGAAUAUCAUCGCGCCUACGUGGGCGCCGCCUUCGUGGCCGGGAUUCUGGUGACCCUCGGCGUCCGAGAGCUCCUCUAUCCACACAUUGAGCGCCGCCUGCGCGGACCGCAGAAAACAGCAGCAGGCCAGAAAAAUGCAGAUGCUGCUGCUCUAGCUGAUGAAAGUGAUGCCGACCUCCUGAAUUCCGUCAGAACCGGUCCUCCGGCAAUUGUGGACGGCGUCGAAGGAUGCAUUGGGAAUACGCCCCUCUUCCGGAUCAAGUCGCUGUCCGACGCGACUGGAUGCGAGAUUCUCGCCAAGGCAGAGUACUUGAACGGUGCUGGAGGAAGUCCCAAGGACCGCGUGGCCUUGAGCAUGAUUCAAAUGGCCGAGAAAGAAGGUUUCUUAAGACCGCAUUCCGGAGAUGUCAUCUACGAAGGAACCUCGGGUUCUACGGGCAUCUCGCUAGCUACGCUGGCACGGGCGCGAGGAUACUUGGCCCACAUCUGCAUGCCAUCGGAUCAAGCAAUGGAAAAGUCGGACCUGCUGCUCAAACUCGGAGCCGUUGUCGACCGUGUUCCCCCAGCUCCCAUCGUGGAACCAGGGAACUUUGUUAACAGAGCGAGGGCGCUUGCCCAGGCCCGGACUGAGUCUGCUGCCAGCGCUUCUGCAGGACCCUCCGCCGCGAGUGCAGAUCAAUUGACGAGCACCGUCGCGACAUCCGAGCCCGGCGCGAUGACUGGACGAGGCUUCUUUACCGAUCAAUUUGAGAACCCCGCCAACUGGACUGCUCAUUAUCGAGGCACUGGUCCAGAAAUCUUUGCCCAAUGCAACGGAAAGCUCGACGCCUUUGUGGCCGGAGCGGGCACCGGGGGAACGAUAUCCGGGGUGGCGCUUUUCCUUAAGCCCAGAAUACCUAACAUAUCCAUAGUCCUCGCGGAUCCCCAAGGGAGCGGGCUGUACAACCGGGUCCGGUAUGGGGUCAUGUUCGACAUCAAGGAGCGCGAAGGCACCCGCAGACGAAGCCAGGUCGACUCGAUUGUUGAGGGCAUUGGAAUCAAUCGCGUCACCGCCAACUUCGAGGCGGGCAGAGAAUUGAUCGACGAUGCGGUACGGGUGACGGAUGCGCAAGCCUUGGCUAUGGCACGAUGGCUGGUGGAGAAAGAUGGAAUCUUUAUUGGAAGCAGCAGUGCAGUGAACUGUUUCGCGGCUGUCAAAACCGCGUUGAAACUUGGUCCUGGCCACCGAAUCGUGACGGUGCUGACCGAUUCAGGAUCAAGGCAUCUAUCCAAAUUCUGGGCCCAGGCGGGAGACGUGGGUGGCACGGUGGACACCAAAUUGGAGGAUGUUUUGAACGCUAAAUAG